AUGGAGGUCAGGAUCGUUUCCAGGGAGCUAGUGAAGCCAUCUUCCCCUGAAAUCGUACAAACGAAACCACCACACAAGCUCUGCCUCUUCGACCAGCUCACUCCCUUAACCUUCUCCCCCCUCGUUCUCUUCUACUCAAAUCCUGACACCACCAACAAUCUCGCCGCCGAUUCCUUCAUCCACCGCCUGAAGCGCUCCCUGGCGGAGGCUCUCAACAUUUACUACCCUUUCUCCGGCCGGACCGGCCCCGGCAACUUGUUCGUCGACAGCUUCAACGCCGGUCUCCCUUUCACUCUCGCCAGAGUAGUCGAUUGCCGCCUCGCCCAGUUCGUAAAACGCAAAGAAACAGAGCUCCUGAACUUCCUCCUCUCUCGACAGCCUUUCCAGCGAGAACCCAAAAACAGAGGCUCCCCUGUUUUGGAGCUUCAGGUCUCUGUUUUCACCUGCGGCGGAGUCGCCUUAGCCUGGGCCGCUUCUCACAAGCUGGUAGACGGCUCCACGUUUAAAUCCUUCCUCACUACAUUCACUGCCCUUCUCCGCGGCCAACCAAACGACAUCAUUUCCCCUGAUUUCGAACAGGCGUCGAAGCUGUUCCCGCCGAGGGACCCUUCCCCUGAAAACUACCUCAAUCUGAUGGAAACCCUCUGGUUCACUGAAGAAAAUUACAUAACAAGGAGAUUCGUGUUCGAUUCUAAGGCGAUCGGACAGCUGCGAGCCAUGGCCGCCGGAGGAGGAGGAGCUGAAAUGCAGGGGAUCAGGAAGCUGUCUAGAGUGGAGGCGUUGUCCUGUUUCAUCUGGAAAUGCUGUAUGGCGGCGUCCAAGGCGGUUUCUUCCGCGGCCAAGACUUCGAUUCUGGUGGAGGCGGUGAAUCUCCGGCAGCUUACGAACCCCCCGAUGUCGGACGCGGCGAUCGGGGACGCGUUCUGGUGGGCGACGGCGGCGGCGAACCCGCACGACGAUUCGGAGAUGUCGGAACUGGGGAAUCUACUGAGCGAAGCGAUUGGGUUAUACAGGGGCGAUUACGUGGAGUCGCUCCAGGGAGAGGACGGGUUUGAGGCGAUGUCGGGUUACUUCGAGCAGCUCGAAGGGAUGUUUGAAGCGGAGAAGCCGGAUAUAUUCGCUUUACGAGCUGGUGCGGAUUCGGGUUUACGGGUCAGGAUUUCGGGUGGGGGAAACCGGUUUGGGUGA